AUGGUCUUCGAACAUCAGCCGGGCGGCGCAGGCCCCUCACGAGGAGCAGUCGGCCAGCAGCAGUACGAUGAACGUAUGAAAAUGCGCGCUACGGGGGCCGAGUUCCUGGUCGAAUUGGAUCGUCUCGAAGCAGCAGCCGCUUCGGAAAAGGCUGACUUGGAAUGUCUCCGAGCACUAGCAUACCCGUAG